UGAAUAAGUAGAAAGUUAUUAAACCAACCAAUAGUAAUGUGCUUGUCUUUUUUUUUUUUUUUUAACCAAAAUCAUAUGGUACAGAGACUGUGUGAAAGCAAAGAAGGUAGUCAGUAUGGACAAGUUGUCAGCCACAUUCCAAAUCUUGAUCUGAAUGAGAACAUUUCUACUGGAUUAAAACAAUGUGUACGCAGUAUUUGUGGAAAAGUCUUUGUACGUCAUUCCUUCCUUAACAGGCACAUCCUAGCUCACUCAGGAUACAAACCAUAUGGAGAGAAGCAAUAUAAAUGUGAACAGUGUGGGAAACUCUUUGUUUCUGUUCCAGGUGUUAGAAGACACAUGAUAAUGCACAGUGGAAAUCCAGCUGAUAAAUGUACGAUAUGUGGGAAAGCUUUUCAUUUUCUCAAUUCAGUUGAAAGACAUCAGAGAACUCAUACAGGAGAAAAACCCUAUAAAUGUAAACAAUGUGGUAAAACAUUCACUGUUUCCGGUUCUUGUCUAAUACAUGAAAGAACUCACACUGGAGAGAAACUCUAUGAAUGUAAGGAAUGUGGGAAAACACUCAGAUUUUCUUGUUCUUUUAAGAUGCAUGAAAGGACUCACACUGGAGAAAGAUGUACCAAGUGUGAUAAAGCCUUCAGCUGUUCCACUUCCCUUCAUGACCAUGGAAGCAUUCAUACUGGAGAGAGACCCUAUGAAUGUAAACAAUGUGGCAAAGCCUUUAGUCAUUUGAGUUCCCUUUGUAACCAUAGAAAUACUCAUACUGGAGAGAAACCCUAUAAAGGUAAACAAUGUGACCAAGCCUUCAGUCACCUCAGUUCCCUUCACCUCCACGAAAGAAUUCAUACUGGAGAGAAACCCUAUAAAUGUAAACAGUGUGACCAAGCCUUCAGUCACCUCAGUUCCCUUCACCUCCACGAAAGAAUUCAUACUGGAGAGAAACCCUAUAAAUGUAAACAAUGUGACCAAGCCUUCAAUCACCUCAGUUCCUUUCACCUCCACGAAAGAAUUCAUACUGGAGAAAAACCCUAUGAAUGUAAGAGAUGCGGUAAAGCCUACACUCAUUCCAGUCACCUUAUUCACCAUGAAAGAAGUCAUGAUAUAGAGGUUGGGUGUAGUGACUCAGCCUAUAAUCCCAGCACUUUGGGAGGCCAAGGUGUGUGUAUUGCUUGAGCCCAGGAGUUCAUAACCAGCCCGGAUUAAAACAAUGUGAAACAACCUGGGCAUCAUGGUGAAACCCUGUCUCUACAAAAAAUAAAAUAAUGCCAGGCGCGGUGGCUCACGCCAGCUACUCGGGAGGCUGAGGCAGGAGAAUGACGUGAACCCGGGAGGCGGAGCUUGCAGUGAGCCGAGAUCGCACCACUGCGCUCCACCUUGGACGACAGAGGCAGACUCCGUCUCAAAACAAAAACAAAGAAAAUAAUUAGCUGGGCAUGGUGGCACAUUUCAGUUGUCUUAGUUCUUUUUCAAGGACAUAAAAAGCCACGGGGGGUUGGGGGGAAGUCCUGUGCAUGCGGAUCACAAGGUCUGGAGAUCGAGACCAUCCUGGGCAACAUGGUGAAACCUCGUCUCUACUAAAAAUCCAAAAAUUAGCUGGGUGUGGUAGCAUAUGGUUGUAAUCCCAGCUACUCAGG